UAGUUUUAGAAGCAUUAAUAUUAAAUCUAACUGAUAUAACUAAACUAAUAAUUGUCCAGCUGAGGAUCAUAACAAAAGCUGAGCUGGUGAGAGUUAUGAGGUUAAAUGGGCGUCAUUUCACACUUAUUCAACUUCCUGUUUUAAAUAAAACUUCAGCCAUCUUGAUGUUUGUUACAAUGGCAGUAGAUCAUCUGCUUGCAUCCUUCAUUCUUCUCCUCAUCUGUACCACAGGGUUCAGUGCUGAGAUCUCUGUGUUUGUGAAGAUGGGAGAUUCUGUUCAACUGGAUAUACAGACACAGAAACUACCAGAGUUUGAUCUUUUAUCUUGGACAAAUGAUAAAUCAGAGAAUAUAGUUAAAUAUAUAUGUGGAACUAAAGAAGUAAAACUUCACUCCUCCUACAAGGACAGAGUAUAUUUCAAUGAUGAAAGCUUCUCUCUCACACUGAAGAACAUGCAGAAGACAGACAGUGGACUCUACACAGCAAGAACUAGUGGAGAAUCAGAGGAAAAUAUUGUUAUAUACAGAGUAUCUGUUAUAGACACUGUGGAGGCUCCUGUUCUGACUGUAAACUCACACUGGUCCAGUGAUUCCUGUGUUAUUUUUAGUUUUACCUGUAGAAGUCAUAACCUCACACUCAGCUCCAUGUUUCAACAUGGCAGCUGCUCUCCAGAGGAAGUGAUAUCACAUGAGAACUACAAUCUCACCCUGAACUGCAGUGAGGAAUCCAUCAUCUGUAACCAUAGCAACACUGUCAGCUGGAAGGAAGACAGAAUACAUGUACAACUCUGUAGAGAUACUGAAAGACCACAAAUCAAAACAUCUCCUAUGCCGUUGAUUGGUCUUAUUCUGUUUGGUGUUGUGGGAGUGAUAGUGAUGGUGUUUUCUGGUUUGCUCCUUUACUGUUGCUGCAAGAAUAAUAAAGGUGUCAAACAGAGUGACGAUACAGACUACGAUGAUGUUGAGACUCUGACGCAGAAGAUGACAGGUGACACCUGGACCACCAUCACCUACCAUACAAUUGCAUGACUCUGGUGGAAGUGUACAGGAUAUCUUAUACUGUUGUAAGUCCAGUACUUCAGUACGUUUCUGCAGAUAUAAUGAACGGGACGGGUGUUUGCUUUCCUCAUGUCACUUUAAUAUAUCUCAUGUACUCUAAUCAUACUGUUUAUUGUUUUUUUUUUUUUUUACGCGGUUUGAAUUUCUGCUAUUUUUACAAUGAUGUUUUGAAUGGCUGCCAUUGGUGGUGAAAAUGCUUUUUGCAGUCGGAUGGUGUAGUUUUAACUUCUACCAGCAGAGGCUCAGGGCCAUUAACCAGAAAAACUGUGCCGAUGUUAGUUUGACUUUACAAAUGUCAAUGCCAAUCUCAUUUCUAUGUAAACCUGAGUGGCUUGUAUUAAAAAUGUGGUUCAACAUUAAUGUACAGUUACUCUUUUAAAAUAGUGUAUUGUUGGAUGCUGGAAUGUUUUCUGUGACUGGUCCAAACCAAUGUUUGUUUUCAGUUUUCAUACUCUAGUCUCAUUUGCAGGUUAUUAAAAUGCUGUAACUUUC